AAUUGAAGAAAUGUCUGUUUUCAGUACGCAGACAGGAGGUGGUGUUUCACUGGACCGGCAGCAGUUAAAUGGAUGUGCAACACUUUCUCCGUGGCUCUCAUUCACAUGUCUUUAUCAGAGGUCUGCAGCGCUAAUCCUCUUAAAUUCCAGUCAACAGAGGCGGAGCAAAUCUCUCACUGCGUUUCACAGUUUCCUUCCCGCAUUUACUGUGAGGCAUUUGUGCGGGGAGCAUGGCCGACGGACUGAAUAAUGUUGUGUUUUGUUGUAGAGUAGUUGUGUAGCUACGGUGCGUCGGACACGGAGCAUAUGCGGCUCUUGCCAUGAUUCGUCCCGGGAAGCACAGCUUUCAAGCGGCGUUGGUCCUUCUGUCUGUCGCGCAGCUGACUGCAGGUCUGAGGUGUGUGUGCCAACUUUGCGCCAACCACACCUGUGAGACGGCUGCAGACGGCGCCUGCUGGAACUCUGUGAUGCUGAUCGACGGGAAGGAGGAGACGGUGAAGACGUGCCUGUCGACCUCUGAGAUGAAGGGCCAGGUCUUCUGCUACAGCUCCCGAAAUGUCUCCAAAAGGAACUGCUGCUUCACUGACUUCUGCAACAAUGAGACUCUGCACCUACAGCCAGAGAGGCCUUUGGAGGAACCCAGCUGGAGCCGGCUGCAGCUGGCUGUGGUGAUCCUGGUGCCCUCCUGCCUGUUUUGUGUGGGGAUCCUGCUGGGUGUUUUCGUUGUGCUGGGUCGCCACUGUGCCUACAGGAGAGGCCACAAGCAGGACCCAGAAGUGCAUCUGGAUGACCAGAUGCUAAUGUCACCUGACAAAUGUCUCAAAGAUCUCAUCUAUGACAUGAGCACCUCGGGCUCUGGAUCAGGUCUGCCACUGCUGGUCCAGCGGACUAUAGCUCGGACCAUUGUCCUGCAGGAGACCAUUGGGAAGGGUCGAUUUGGGGAGGUGUGGCGGGGAAAGUGGCGAGGAGAGGAUGUGGCGGUGAAGAUCUUUUCCUCCAGGGACGAGAGGUCGUGGUUUCGUGAAGCAGAAAUUUAUCAGACAAUCAUGCUCAGGCAUGAGAACAUCUUGGGCUUCAUUGCUGCUGACAACAAAGAUAAUGGCUCGUGGACUCAGCUCUGGUUGGUGUCAGAGUACCACGAGCAUGGCUCCCUGUACGACUACCUGAACAGGUACACAGUCUCUUUGGAAGGCAUGAUCGUCUUCGCUCUGUCCAUAGCCAGUGGGCUGGCACAUCUCCACAUGGAAAUCAUUGGAACACAGGGGAAACCUGCCAUUGCUCACAGAGACCUAAAGUCAAAGAAUGUCCUGGUGAAGAAGAACGGCACGGCAGUCAUAGCAGAUUUGGGUUUGGCUGUGAAACACGACUCCUGUAACAACUCCAUUGACAUACCGUCCAACCACAGAGUGGGAACCAAGAGGUACAUGGCCCCAGAAAUCCUGGAUGAGACAAUCAAUACGAACGGUUUUGAGUCUUUCAAGAGGGCGGAUAUCUACUCGCUCGGCCUGGUGUUUUGGGAACUAGCCCGGAGAUGCUCCGUUAGAGGACUUAAUGAAGAUUUCCAGCUGCCUUAUUAUGACCUGGUGCCUUCUGACCCCACCAUCGAGGACAUGAGAAAGGUGGUGUGUGAACAGAAACUCAGACCCAAUGUCCCCAACCAGUGGCAGAGCUGUGAGGCUCUGCGUGUGAUGGGCAAACUGAUGAGAGAGUGCUGGUACGCCAACCCUGCUGCUCGACUCACCGCUCUGCGGGUCAAGAAAACUGUGUCUCAGCUGUCCUUCAUCAAGGACGUCAAAGAUUAAGAUUAAACUGGUGCUGGCACUGGUGCCACGGGAUGGACUGUGAGUUGUUGGAAGCAAACUGGGGGAAGCAGUUCUCUCUCUAAACGGCCUGAGGCUGCCCUCUUCAGGACACAACCACACUGUUCACCCUCAGAGAGCAACUUCAGGUUGUAUUUUGUGCCAAAGUAUUGUAGUGGGUGUCCGCUGCUGCUUUGCACACAGACACUUACUAAAAAAAUGAACCAAACAGCGGAACUUUAGCUAGGAAGAGCCAUAUGAAAUAAGAAUAUGUUUAAUAUAUAUACAGAUUAUUUUGCUACCUCAGACAUUUAAGUGCCCAAAGCUUGAAGUUGCACAUUGUGAAGUUUUGUGCCAUAUCUUGUAUCAAACACAGUAUUGCCGAGUAGUUAAUGUGCUAACUGACAAUCACAAAGGAUACCGAAGAAGUGCUCUUGAACAGUUACUGCAGUUGUAUUGUUGAAAGUUCAGUGGAGAUGUUACUGUACACUUAACAGGAAUACAACCGUGUAUUUCGUAGAAGUGGAAGACAUCCUUUAGCUGAAUAUAUCGAAUCUCAAUAUAUCCAAGUGGGUUUUUAUUGGGAUUGUGUUUUCCUACUAUUGAUUUUUAACCACAGUGGAUGGCAAUGUCAGGUGGUCUGUUUGUAUCGAAUGGGUCACAAUGACCUUUUUGCUUACAGACAUUCCUUGGUCCCGAGAGGAUGAACCCUAUAAACUUGGAUGUUUAACUUGGGCUGAGCUUAAACUAAAAAGAGUUAAAGGUUCAAUGUGUAAGGUAUGCCAGAAUUUAAACUUAAAACAAUUAACUAACAUCAUCAACAGAAUGUGAAGAGGUAACAGUGUUGACGUUAUGUCAAAGACGUCUGUGUGUUGUGUUGCAGAGAAAUCUACUGAAGUUAGCAUGCUAGCUGCGCGCCGUCCAGUUUGUAAUACAUCGUGUUCCUCUAGAGGCGAUAGUGAGUCACUGUAACUCCAGUCUGCCCUCAGUACAGAGGGAGAAGAAGAACAGCUGUAUGGCUCGGGCAGACUCAGGGCUUGUCAACAUCACAUCCAUGAUCCCUGCACGCUUUGUUUUGAUUAAAUCCAAAGUGGCAGAAACGAGAAAAGGCACUGUGUCGGCGCCCUGACCCAAGCCAACCCAAUACAUGAAGAUUAUAAGAUAGCAGUGAUAUUUAGACCGGCUCUAAGAGUUUCAGCAGUUUGGUGUAAUGAAGUGACACAGGAGUGAAAAAAUACACAGUAAAUAUAUCAACAAGAGAAGAGAGAGAUGUUGACUGUAGAAUGCAACACACAACAUAGAGAAUAGACUAUAAUACUCUAAAAAUUAGAAAACAAUAAAUAUAACAAACUACUACAACUAAAAUAUAAAAAGGUUGACAUGCUAUAGUUGUUUUUUAAUAACUGAUGGUUUUGAUGAAUUUCGAUUGUAUGGACUGUAGUAGGGGUGAAAUACUGCCCCCUAUGUAUUUGGAGCAGGUGGCUCUGAGUUACACAUUGAACCUUUAAACCUGACAAGACAAGUCUUGGGCUAUCCUAAUAUCAUCAGAGUAAACACUUUUGGAUUAAGUUAAAAGCUUGAACGUUACUGUGGCGCCGCCUUUUAAAUAUUUAGACUGACUAGUGGUAAUAACUACAUUUAAAUGAUAAAGUUGUCUCCAUAUUUUAACAGCCUCAUGGGAUCAGUGGCUACAUAUGUUUUUGUCUUGUCCUUUACAUCAAGAGAAGUACAGCUAUAAGCUCCUGCUAUAUAUUUUGCACAUUUAAAGCUUUGAGUUCCUGAAAAGAGCUGCUCUCUGAUAGAUGAAUGCUACUUUAUUGACAAACAAAAGCUCAUUCAAGUUAUGUGUUUUUCUAUUUUCUCAAAUAUAUUUAUUCACACUGGACGGAUGUUAUUGAAAUGAUAAAAUCUUAGCUACCCUCAUGCACAGGUCAAAACUUCAGUAUUGUUAACAUUGGCUCAACAACUCCUCUUCUUCGUCUUACAAGCCGGUUACCCAAAGUAUCAGAUAAUUAUGAUAAAAGCAAAGACCAGGAUAAGAUCAGAUUUUAAUAAAGCUAAAGCCAAAAUCAUACAACAAGAGGACAAUAACAAAUUGUCAUUGGAAGUUAAUCCAUUAAUUUUUUGAUGGGUGCAAAAUUUGAUCACCACGGUUUCUGUCUGAUGAGGCCUGUCAGUGUGUGUUUUGUGUGUGUGUGUGUGUGUGUGUGUGUGUGUGUGUGUGUGUGUGUGUGUGUGUGUGUGUGUGUGUGUGUGUGUGUGUGUGUGUUUGAGAUCAUGUGAAGUGAUCCUGUGUCUAAAGAUAGAAUUCUGAUAAAUCAUUGUAUUGUUUAUGAAACCGGUGCUGUGGAGGAUACCUGCCCAUCCAUUAUUGCUUUCAAUUCCUCCUCAGUUAAUGUUCAUGUUGCUACAUACUUCCUGCUUCUCAUGUCAUCAAGGUUUCAUUACUGGUUGAUAUGUAGCAUCUGCAGUGUUGCCUCUUGAAAAUAAGCUUUUUUGAAAAAUAUCAGUUCAUGCAGUUCAGUCUUUAUUUUUUUCUUUCUAUGAAAUGAUUACUUGACUUCAAUCAUUGGAUCAUUCUACUCUGUGUGUUGCAGUAUAUAUUGAUAUGAAAUGUUGAAAAUGCAGUACUAAAGCUCUGCCUGUGUCCGUUGAAAAUACUUGUAAUAUAAAUGUGUUUUUUUAUCUGAUGUUUGAUCCAUACUGAGCCAAGCUUAUAUUUUGUCUGUUGUGUCAAAUCUGCUGACCACCAUGUGCAAUUUAUUUUUUUAUAUAUAUUGUAUAUGUCAUUGCUAAAUAUUAACACAUGUGAUACCGCUUUCAUAAAACAAGACCUACUUUUUGAUUUUCAAAACAUCCGGUUAUUGAGAUUUAUGUGAAACUGUUUUAUGUCGCUGCUCAGAUUUCAUGCCAUUGCGUCUAUCUAUCUUUUCUCUUGCACUAUUUAUUCUGUAUAGAAAUGAAUUAUAUCAGUGGGUCAAUAAACUG